AAAUUCACGACAAUUAGCGACAAGCUCACGUACCUGCGUACGUUGGGAAUCGGUACGUCGAUACGAUUAAAGAUAUCGUUAGAAAAUUUUCAAGUGACGAGCCAGUUAUUCGCAAUUUGUCGUCGCGGAGAGGCUUCUGCACGGAUUAGAACGAAUCUGAUAUGGAUGUAGACUCAAACGACAGCAGCAGAGAUACAGAUACAUGCGAGACGAACGCCCAGCGUUUGAUUGCCGAAAGCGGCGGCCGAUGCAUGAGCACGCAAGCUAUGCAAUCUUUGUAUGACUUUCGACAGAACAAUCUUCUAUGCGAUGCUGUUUUGAGACUCGAAGAUGGAGGCGUCUUUCCGAUUCACCGAGCUAUCUUGUCGGCCUGCAGUCCGUACUUCAGAACUUUAUUCACAACCUCGUUGCAUUCCCGCGAAAAAACUGACGUCCUUUUACCGGGUGUCAGCAGCAACAUGAUGAAUCUUCUUCUGGAAUACGCCUAUUUGCGAUCGAUUAACGUGAACAACGAGAAUGUGUGCCAAUUGCUGGUCACCGCGGAUUAUUUAAACAUUCUGGGCGUUCUUGAUCUCUGCUGCGAGUUCCUCAAGCAAAAUCUAGCCCCGGAAAAUUGCAUCACCGUCAUGAGAUUUGCCCGAGAACAUUUUUGCAAGGGAUUGGAGAACAGCGCGUAUCAUUACGUUAUGAGACACUUUGUGCAGGUAGCCCAUCGAAGCGAUGAAAUUCUAGAUUUGCCGAUAGAAGAGUUAACGACGCUGAUCGGGGCCGACGAGCUGAACGUUAAGAGCGAGGACACGGUUUGGGAGCUGGUGCUGAAAUGGAUCGAUUACGAUCCAGAAUCUCGAAAGAAUUACAUAGUCGAUUUGAUGAAGAACAUUCGCCUCGGUCUAUUGGACACGCAGUUCUUUCUGGAGAAUGUAAAGGAUCACCCAUACGUUACCGGAAACGACGCGUGCCGACCCAUUAUCAUUGAGACUUUAAAAUUUUUGUACGACCUCGAAAUCAUCACUCAAAAAGACGGAGAAAUACCGACGCCGAAAAUUGCACGACCCAGAGUACCUCACGAGAUACUGUUCGCUAUAGGUGGAUGGAGUGGUAGAAGCCCUACAAAUUUCAUAGAGACCUACGACACCAGGGCGGAUCGAUGGGUCAAGGUGGAAGAAGUAGAUCCGGUCGGUCCUCGAUCGUAUCACGGAACUGCGGUGGUCGGUUUUAAUAUUUACGUAAUUGGUGGCUUCGAUGGAGCAGAUUAUUUUAAUAGCUGUCGUUGCUUCAACGCUGUCACUAAAGUCUGGAGAGAAGUUGCCCCGAUGAAUGCCAGAAGGUGUUACGUUAGCGUAGCUGUACUGAAUGACCUGAUUUACGCGAUGGGAGGUUACGAUGGGUACUAUCGACAGAGUACAGCAGAACGUUACAAUUACAAGACGAAUCAAUGGUCCCUAAUAGCACCCAUGAUUUGCCAAAGAUCGGACGCCAGUGCAACUACUUUGAAUGGCAAAAUUUACAUCACGGGCGGCUUCAACGGUCACGAAUGCUUAAAUUCUGUGGAAGUGUACGAUCCAGAAAGCAAUCAAUGGACGCUGAUAGCUCCAAUGAGAUCGCGCAGAAGCGGAGUAUCUUGCAUAUCUUAUCACAACCACGUAUACGUGAUCGGAGGUUUUAACGGAAUAUCCAGAAUGUGCAGCGGAGAAAAAUACAAUCCUACGACGGAUAUGUGGAGUCCGAUUCCGGACAUGUAUAAUUCGCGCAGUAAUUUCGCGAUCGAAGUAAUCGACGACAUGAUAUUCGCGAUCGGUGGAUUCAACGGUGUUACUACGAUUUAUCACGUCGAAUGUUACGACGAAAAGACAAACGAAUGGUACGAAGCAACAGACAUGAACGUGUAUCGCUCAGCAGUGUCAGCCUGCGUGAUAAUGGGAUUACCAAACGUGAACGAUUAUAUUCACAAGCAUCGCGAACGUCUGAUGGAGGAGAAACGACAGAAGUUGUUGGCACUGGAGGUGCACCGAAGUCAACACCAACAUCAAGAACAAACACAACCAAACCGUGAAAAUUUGAUAAACGAGAUUAUACCCGCGCCGCCUCCGUUGCCAGGGAGUAACAAUUCUAGCAACGAAAGUCGACAAAAUUGA